CAAAUGUGUUGCCCCGCCCCAUCGUCCAGCCUGCACUCUGGGGCUACUCCGCCCACUUGUUGCUUAACUGGAGAAGGUGAAACUUUUCAGCUCAACUGUAAACGGACCUUUAACAAACAGCAACUUGUCGUGAGGCCGGGCGGCUUACGCGUCCUAUUGUGCCUGAAUCCCGACAGAAACCUGUUGGGUUUGAAGCAAGAUGUCUUUAGCCGAGCAGAGCCAGCAGUGGUAUCCGACCAGCGUUCAGGUAACGGUGCUGCAGGCGAGAGGUUUGCGGAUCAAGGGGAAGAAUGGCACCAACGACGCGUACGCCAUCAUGCGGGUGGCCAAAGACAAGUUCUCCACGUCGGUUGCGGAGAAGAGCGUCGCGCCGGUGUGGAAAGAGGAGGCCUCCUUCGACCUGCCGCUCUUUCACCCCAGUAACGCGGAGCGAUGCGCCCUACAGGUGAGCGUCAUGCACCGGGCGCUCGUGGGACAGGAUAAAACGCUCGGACUGGCGGUCGUCAACCUGUUGGAGCUUUACGACAAUAAAUCACGUAAUAAGUCCGAAUGGUUCAAACUGAUGGGCAAGACGGGAAAACCCGACAAAGACAGGGGUGAGGUGCUCCUAGACAUCCAGUUCAUGAAGAAUAACAUGACGGCCAGCAUGUUCGACCUCUCCGGCAUGGACAAGUCCCGUUCAAGGCUCGGCAAGCUGAAGGACAAGCUGAAAGGGAAGAAGAAAGACGGUAUGUCGGAUUCUGCCUCCGCCAUCGUGCCUUCGGUUGGUCAGAUUCUGACCGACAGCGAGGGAGAAGAGGAGGCUGACGCCACACCUGAAACAAAGAAGAAGAAGAGCAAACUGAAGUCCUUGUUUGCGCCGAAGGGUUUGCAUCGCAACAUAUCUCAAUCCAUGUCCACACUACCCACGCUUCCUGAAAAAGACUCGGCCAUCAGUUUGAGCAGAUCGUCUGGACUAAACGUCGAGUCUCCUGAAGGCAAGAAGAAGUUUAAGUUAUUCAAGCACAAGCGGACUGACAGCUCUGACAGUAAAGUAUCUCAAGGUGCUGGAUCUUUUCUAGGACAGGGCACGUCACAGAGCAACCUAUGCAUCAACGGCAGUCACGUCUACACAGAAGAUCUGGAGACCAGAGGCUCUAGAACAGGUUCCACGCUCAGUCUGAACAGCUCCGGCCACGGAUCCAUGGAGGAUCUGCGCCGAGGACCCAAUAGAAAGAUCUCGACCAUCUCGGUGGACUUGCAAACUCGAGAGAGCCCGGCAGAGGAGAUGCUCAAAAGACAAGAGGAACAGAGGAAACAAGAGGAGGUGAGGAAACGACUAGAAGAGGAGAGGAGGAGACAAAUCCAAGAGGAAGAGCGAGAAGAAAUGAGGAUGGAGGAGGAGAGAAAGAGGAUAGAGAGAGAAGAGGAGAGGAAACGGAUUGAGAGAGAGGAGGAGGAGGAGGAGGAGGAGAGGAGGAGGCUGGAGAAAAUGGAGGAGGAGAGGAGACGGGUUGAAAGAGAAGAGGAGAGGCAGAGGAGAGAAAUGGAAGAGGAGAGGAAACGGAUUGAGAGAGAGGAGGAGGAGGAGGAGAUGAUGAGGUUAGAGAAACUGGAAGAGGAGAAGAGAAGGAUGGAGAGAGAGGAGGAGAGGAAGCAGAUGGAGGAACGGAGACGAGUGGAGGAAGAGGAGAUGGAAAGGAUAGAGGAAGUGGCCCGAAUAAAGAGAGAACAUGAGGAGGAAAGAAAGGCAGAGGAGGAACGGAUCAGGGCUGAGGAAAGAACGAGGGAGGAGGAAGAGAAGAGGAUCAGAGAGGAGAAAGCAAGGCUCGAGAAGGAAAGAAUGAAGAAAGAAGAAGAGACGAGAAGGAUCGAGGCGGAAAAAAGACGCGCCGAGGAAGAGGAAAGGCUGAGGAAGGAAAAAAGGGAAGCGGAGGAAAGAGAGCGAGAAAUGGCUGAGGAAAAAGAAAGAAAGGAGCGGGAAAGGUCACGACUGGAAAAGGAAAAGAUGGAGCUUGAGAGAAAGGAAAAGAUGAAAAUGGAGCAAGAGAGAAAGAAGGCUGAGGAGGAGGAGAAGAGGAAGUUGAAAGCAGAAGAAGAGAAAGAUGAAAUGGAGAAAAAGAAGAAAGAACAGAUGAACGCCAUUGAGAUGAGGCCUGAAGUGAAACCCAGGAGUGCUCGAAUGAACGCGGGUAAGAAAGCAGAGAAAGCCGACACGAUUGGCUCAGAAUACGUCCCGUCCACCGAUCCCUUUGAAGAGUCCCUCUUAUUGGAUGAGAACUCGGAAGCCCUCAGCCGCUCAUCCAAAGUUUCUGCAGUCAAGCCAAGUUCUUCUGUUUCUGGAACCGUCUUUUCUCAAGCAUCGCCGCCAAAAACCAACCCGUUCUUAGAUGAUUCUGAUGCCGAAAGUGGCAACACAGAUAACGUCAGUCGUGGAGAUGGCGCAGAGAAGAGACGACGUGCCCCGAAGCCUCCUCAGAACAAGACACCAAGAGAGAAAGCCACGCACACACGCAGUGAAUCGGAAGACAGUGGAGAACCCGAUGUCUUUAGUUUACGCCAAGACAAACGACCGGCACCUUUACCACCAGAUGUCUCCAAGAACAGUGAGGUUCUGAACAAAGAACGUACGUCUUCUCAAGAAGAAACCAACCUUUUUACAUCUCCUGUGGUAAGAACGGCAAAACACGGCAAGGGACCGGCACCAGCAAAGCCCUCGUUAAAAACAAAAGAAACUUUGAAAGAAAACUCUGCAUCUUUGCCUGAACCCAAGAACCGAACAAUUCAUCACCACCAAAAUGUAACUGAACGUGCCUUGUUUCCAGACGGAGCCUCUCUGACGACAGACUCUUGCUUAGAUCAGCCAAAUAAGUCUCAGUCAGGUCACAACCUUGAUCAUCUUCUAAUAUCUGUCAAGCCUGUCUUAAAACUUGAGUCCAAAGAAAGUGGAAAGGAAGAUUUGAAUACAGAAGGUACCAAAAAGAAGAGUCAUGCCCCAUUGCCUCCUGCCACAACUGGUGACCAGAAAUCAACAAGACAAGAUCAAGACGGAACAUUGAGGAUUCAUAGUGGCCUUUUGCCCACUUUGAAAUCGCCGUCAACCGCUAGUCAAGCUCCUGAGACGGUCCAGUCGCACGCGUCAGGGAACAAGACUUUACUUCGGGCCAGAGUGUCGCCUAUUGAUGCUCAAACCGUUUCUGGGCAGAAUUAUGAAGGUGAACCAAAGAGAAAAGGCGACGCUGCCUUCAAACCCUGCAGGCCCCACGCGGUGAAACCCUUGAGCACCAUUGACAACCAGCAAGAUUUCAAAGAGAACCAAGACAAUAUCACAUCCGCAAAAAUGGCUGAGGGCGUGCAAGUCAAGAUGAAGGCCCCAGAGGUUAAAAGGACCGGGCCCUACGCCCAGCUGACCCACGAGGAGCUGGUCAACUUGUUGGAAAAGCAGAAGGAUCAGCUGUCUCAGAAAGAUGCCAAGAUCAUGGAAAUGGAGCAGUAUAUAGACAACCUUCUGGUCCGGGUCAUGGAGGAGCAACCCAGCAUCUUAAUGUCUUUGAAGUCGAUGAAGAAGGCUGUUUAAGAGAUGCAUGAGCAGGUUUUGGCAGUGUGGGAUUUUGUAUAUAUUAUUAUUGUAAUCACAAAUAUGGGGUGACAGUAAAUAGAAGGUUGAGCUCUGUUCAGAGGUAUUACACUAAAGCCAGUGGCUGAAACUACUUGUGAAGUACUGAGCUGAAGAUCAGGCUGAUGUAUUCCUGAUUUAUGAAGUCUCGUGCUAUACAAAUGGCAAUACUGGGAUGUGGCUUUCUUCAGAUUUGAAUGGACCGAUUCGACUGUUUCAUGCACUGUUGUUCUAUGCUGCACUAUAUGUGAUUUACUCUCCAAAAUCUGUUGUGGUCAAAAACAGUGACGCACACUUCAGUAAACGCAACAGCACUUUCUAAAUGCAAAGUAUUUUAUAUUACAGAGCUAUAUUUUCAUUGUGACCAAACGCUGUAUUUGAGCUCUGAUGAUGAUGAAGCACUUUAAAAGGAUUUUUGACCAAUUGUCCUUAAAAAAUCUCUUCAUCUGUAAAUAUGAUUUGAUAAUCAGUCCUACAGUCCUUUUCAUAUAACCCGACGACUUUAUGCUACAACUUGGAAAUAAAGAAUGUCACAGGUGUGACCGUGCAAAUAGCAACAUUGUGUUGUUGUGUCUUUGUGCAUUUGUUAAAACACAGCUCAUGUUUUUUAUGUUUUUAUUGUAAGGAAAGGCAUUUCAUGAGAUAUAAAAGCAGAAAAAUAAAAUAAAAGGGAAAAUAAAAAGUGAAGUAGGCUAAUAAAAAAUGCAUGUUUAUACUCAACUCAACUUUAUUUAUAUAGCGCUUUUUACCAUUUUUAUUGUUACAAAGCAGCUGUACAUGAGACAUAUUGACUAAGCAAAACAAUUAAAGUUGUACCUGUAAAAACAAGAAAAAGGUGAAAACACAGAAGACAGACACACCCACAUACAAAACACUCCACACACACAUUAUGCACACACACACACACGGACGCACGCACACGCACAGUGAAAGCACACAUUUAAGAUAAAGGAAAGAGAAACACAGGUCAAAUAUUAAACGGACUAUAAAUUCCUAUAUGCAAUAUUAAUUAAGUAAAACUUUAAAAUUGUAAUUCUAAAGCAGCCCCCCCGGCCAGGCAAAUAGUGCAAAACAGUAUGCAAACAGUGGCGAGGAACCCAAAACUCCAAUGGAGAAAAAAACCCUCAGGAGAACUCAGGCCCAACCAGGGGAUUCCAGUUCCCCUCUGGCAAAAGCUGCUGCCUCUGCACAAACUCGACAGUGCUUGCACAACAAGGCUAAAUAAAAAUAAAUAACCUUACUAAUAAGGUAAAUUAUAGAUUUAAGAUUAUCAUUAAUAAUCUAAUAGCAUGUAGUGAAGACGUGUCGAGUCGCCGCGUCCUUCUUUAUCCAGCUCUAUCAUCUCAGCUCUUGUCAGGUCCCCACUUCCCAUUCUCCACUCUACCAUCAGGUCAGGCCAUGAACUGCAUCCUGCUCGCUGUGGUAACCUUGGAACAAUGAGACAAGAUUGGCUGAGAGUAGAGCACUGUUCUGCACUCUUUGAUGCAACAAGUACAUCAGUUGUGUUUUUGGUUCCGGUUGAUCUAACUAAUGCAGCCUAAACCCUCUGAGGAUUUAUAUUAUGGAAGAGUAGUGUAUGCAAGAUUAAAAAGAUGCGUCUUUAGUCUAGAUUUAAACUGACAGAGUGUGUCUGCCUCCCGGACAGUGCAGGGACGACUAUUCCAAAGUUUAGGUGCUAGAUAGGAGAAGGAUCUACCACCUGCACUUGAUUUUGAAAUUCAAGGUAUUACCAACUGACAGCCCAGCUAACACAGUACGUUCUGACAACGUCGCCAGUUCGUCUUCAUUUGGUCACCGUGACAUUACUUUGUGACCACGUUCUGAGGACGUCUUGGCAACGUUCCAUUUCUUAGAAUUUUUGCUUACGUUCCAGAAACGUCUGAGCCACGUCCUCAAAUAACGUCAUGAAUUGAUCCCGUUGAGAACGUUGUAGUGACGUGAUGGAUCGUCUUCAGAUGACCUGGACACCUGGAAAUUUUAUGAUCAGAAUAAAAUCUGUUAUAAUGUCAAAACGAAUGCUAUUAAUCUGAUUUCAGACAGCUAUUAAACUGGAGUAUAAUUCGAUAUUACAAUUAUAACUACUUAUUUUGUGCGCGCGCGUCUGAUAUGCGCCUUUGUUCUGCAAAGAGCCGCGCGCUCUCGUCAUUUAAACGUUAACGGUCAUUUCUUUUUACCUCACUGCCUGAUUUUACUUGCCUGGUUUAUUAAUAUUCUUUCUUUACUUUAUACCUUACAGAUGUGAGAGUAAACACAUAUUUUAGUGAUUUUCAAUCGAUUUAGCGCGUUUAAAUGAACGGACCCUGAUGUUUGUGUGUUAUUAAAGAAGCUUUUGAUUGUUGUUUCUAAAAACGGAAGACCUGCUAAACGUAUGUGGUAAGACAACAAUAUAAUGUUAAGCCUAAACAUAAUGUUUAUUCAUCUCUGUCAAUAAAUAUCUGCUUUAAAUCCUC